UUUGAUUUCCCAUUUAAAAAAAAGUCGCCGGGAUGUUUCGUCGCGUUUUCGAUAUAUUCACGCGUCAAGAUAUAGAGCCGACGCCGAACUCUCCUACAAUGCCUCCCAAGAGGAUUCCUCCUAUAUCAUCACCUCUUUCCUCGCCUGAUUCAUUUGCCACCGCGACCGAGUCUCCGAUAAAUCCAUUGGAACAUCUAACCACCGACAUCAGCAGUCCUGUUGUUGAUACCCCAGAUGGCGCAAACAAACCAUUCAGUAAGGCUAACCAGCUACCACCAGAGUUACAGCAACAUUGUCAGAUAUACUUGGAAGAGAACCUAUAUCUAAUUACCCUAACCCUAUUGAACAGCUUGUUAUCGUCGAUCCGAGAUGGUCCGAAUGACCCCAACUACUGCCCUCCUCCGAGCCAACUGUCCCUACUCGGCACUGCCAUUAUGCACCCAAAAUUUACAACUAGGCCAAGGGAAGAAGGCUGGUCCGAAGUAUCCGCCGAAUCUCUCGUCUAUCUUCGCAGCCUUCUCUCCCGUCUCGGACCUAUAAACACUCGAUUCAAGGAAGCCUUUCGUUUCAUAAACGUCUCGCGCCACGGUACGCCAGAAUUCUAUAACGAUGAUGACCUUGAUCAUGAACAUAGCGAGGAUGGUGAUGGAAGCUAUGCACAAAUGAAGCGUUCAUAUCAUUUGGACGGUAUUUGGAGAAGAGGACAAGAUUUCUUCCACGUAGCUGGUUGGGCCUUCAACUGCAGCGUUCUAUACCCGAAUCGAUGGCGACAUUGGAAACUCUGGCUUCAAUUCAUGUUGGACGUAUUGGAACAGGACCUCAUCGAGCGUAAUAGAUUGGAUCAGGAAAAUGGUGAAUCGGAUUCUCCUAUGCUUCGGGGUUCGAUUCUCGUAAGUUAUGUCAGCCAACGUUCCGGCCACUCUGUGGGAGGAUUGAAGUUUAUCGUGGAUGCCAUAUUCGCCGAUGGUAGCGUUGCUGCUGGUUCCCGCUUCCAAGAAAUUUGGGAGAAGGAACACAAAGAGAACCCCAAGAACACUGUAAAAAAGAGGAAACGCGAGGAAGUAAAUAUCGAAAAGGGAAACUUCGGAGGUUGGCUCGACGACGAGUCGGUAUAUUCGUCUCAAGCAUCGGAACCUCCAACACCACAAAAACGUAGAACGAAUUCGAGCGAUCUCGGUGACCCGGAUUUCCAGGCGCUGGAACCUGCCUAUGUAGAGUCCAUCCCUCUGCGCCAACGUCUCUUCUCUCUAUUAUCAUAUAUCUGCUACUACCUACCAAAACCACCGUUGGACCUCUCGGAUCUCUAUCAAAGAUACGAAAAUACGGUGAAGACUCUACCUUUACCCCUCUUCACCGCAUUUGUGAACCAUCAUACAUCUACCUUGAAGUUGGAAUCACAAAUAUCGACACUACAGGGUGUUCUAUUACUCUUAAUGCCUACAUCGGCCUUGUCACCUGCCAAGGUUGAUCGUACGUGGGAAGAUGCGGAUGGCAUCACAGCAGAAAUCCUAGAACGCUGUUUCCUCCCAUAUCCUGCUAACACCAUCGCUGUCGAGGAUAACGCUAAGGUUUCUGUACUCCUGGAAAAUCUACUCCAGAUCGUAUGGAGCGAGGGAAGUGAAUCAUUUAGCAAGAAUUUGAGGGUUAUCGUCGAAAAGGGAAUUGACGCAAGAGAGGCAAAAGUUAAGAAGAAAAAGACAUCAGCGCGAGGACGAGCGAAUGCCCAAGAUACAGAUAUUGAGGCCCGCAUGGUCCUGGAUAUGUCUGGACGCAGGUUGGCUAUGCUGGUCGAUCUUAUCGAAGGAGACGAAGCCGAGCCGAUGGACGUGGAAGAAAUAGAUGAAGAUAUGGGUAAUGAAGGUGAUGUUGAUGCCACUUUUAUGACGGCUGUCGAUAAUAUGGACCAGGACGAAGACGACGAAGAUGAAGACGAAAGGAUACAUUGUACAUGUCAGCACGACGAAGCCGGUAAAAGGAUUACUUGUGACAAUGACGCCUGUCAGUAUGAAUGGUUUCAUUGGAAAUGUGUUGGUCUUAAGUCAAAGCCUAAGGGAAAGUGGUUGUGCCCCGAAUGCGAGAACCCCCCGCCUAGGAAACGAAAAUAGUUUCCGUGUGCUGAGCCACGGGACAACGACGAAACACCGGCUUGACACAAGUCUGCGGCAUUUAUGUUUGAGCAUAAAUCUUUGCAAUAGCAAUAUCGAUACAUU